AACCAAAUAGAAGAAGAAGAAGAAGAAGAAGAAGAAGUCAGGCUGAGUUCCGGUGCGCGGCGCGCGAGGUUUGUUUUCGUAGCAGGGGCAAACUAUCUAACUUAGUACUUCUCUAUCAUUUUAUUUCGUGGUUUUGUGGUUUAUGUCGUCAACACUUUGUCAAGAGCUUCAUCGCGACAUGAAAGUCAACACUCGUACGUCGUCAUGCUUGAGUCGUGAUGAAAACUUUGUCUUCUAAGGUGUGCCACAUAACUUAAGGGAUUGCACAAGUCAACUGGAAUGGAUUUACCCUCAAAAAACAUGUACGACACAUUCAGAGAUGAAAUCUGGAAAGAGCUGGGGCCACUGGACCCCGACUGGUUUGAGGCACUGACAGCUCAAACGUUCACUAAUGAGGAAAAUGUCUCUUAUCAAGAUGACCUGUGUGCUAACCUAGAGGGAAAUUUUAAAACACCUUUUGACAAAACUGCAGUAGACAGUCAGCUGUUUUCAACCCCCAAAGUUUUCAGACGCUGUCAAGUUGUGUCACCUGAAACUGAGAAUGAGCAGUCGUUUACUGCUGAACAAGAAAAAGAAACAUUGCCAUGGAUGGCAACACACAGUCCAUAUUUGUUUCCAAUGUCAAAAGAGGGGGUCCCAGGUGCAAAAUAUGGAGGUAUCCAGCCUCAGAGUCAGGACUGUUUUGAUAUGCUUCAUACCCCACAAACAUCCCCAGUCAGCAAUGCCAAGCAUAUAUCUGAAAGUCUUGGUGCACAGAUUCAUCCUGAUAUGUCAUGGACCAGUUCUCUGAAUACCCCAUCAGCAGUACCGUCCACUCUGAUUUUAUCUAAAACUGAUGAGAGUCCCUGCCCAGUGAGUGCUUCUGCAGACAAAAAUGUCGUUUUUGUACGGAAGCUUUUCCCUUCUCUUUCAAAUGCAUCCAGAGUUGCGUCACCCAAAAACAAUGAUAUGCCUACCGUUCACCAAGGUAUUGUUUCCCCUGAGGCCAGUCAGAAUCCAGAGUCCCAUGACUCUCCCCAAAGUUCACUGAAUCAGAGUGACAGUGUUUGGAGACAGAAGCUACCAGAUGCUAUUGAGGAUGGAGAAAUCCGCAGCACCGUAGCAAGUGUUCUUGAUGGAGCUGAAAAUGUUCUCUCCAUAUUUUUCACCAACAGUAGUUCAGCACUGAGAAAAGUGAAAACUGACAGAAUCAAAAGAAAGCAAAUCAUUCCAACAAAAGAACGUGGCUGCAGCUCUACAGACAUCUCGACAACAAACAACGCUGCAUCCAGUGAACAGAGAACAGCCAAUCAGGAACAUAGCAGACUUCCCUCAUCCCCACCGGUGAAAACCGGAGAAAUUGGAUUCACCCAGUGGUCUCCAUUGAGUUUAUCUGAAAUUCCCCCUAGUACUGUAGAUACUUCUUGCCAUGAUAAUAGUCCUGCCACACAAGUGGAAAGCAAUAUAUUAACAGAACAACUGCAGAGUGACUCUGAUUCUGGCCAGCUAGUCAGGCCACCUAUGAAACUCACAAACUUCGGAUUUACUAAGAAAAAAAGAACCUUUGUUUACACUGUUGAGACUUUGAAACCACAAGUUCAAGGAAAGGAAACACAGUCUCAGAAGAUGGACUCAUCACCAGGGAUUCCAGAUUCUGGACAAGAAGUGAAUGUGAAGCAGUUGGGGAAAGUCCCAGACGAAGCAGACUGUUGCAGUAUUGGGAAGCAUGAGAUGCAAAAACAGGGAAAUCUCACUGAAGAAAAUCUACCUCCCUCUGUACAAGCAAAAGUCCAGGAUUUCGAUAUGUCACAGCUUUGCAGAGAUUUUGCACAAGACUUCAGUCAAAUGUCAGACCUGGGUAAACUGAGUAAAGUAGCAGAGGAUAUGCCUCAAAAUGGCUUCUCUCCAUCAGCUUGUCUGUCAGCCAUGAAACGAGAGAAGCAGAAAGCAAGGCAAGCAAACCUUCACCAUGACUGUGAUGGCGUCAGUAACAGAAGACAUGUUUCUACCACUAAUCAAAAGAACUCCAUCAAUGAGGGCGCAACAAGUGACAGUGGAUUCCAGUCUGCUGUUGCAGAUAUCACUCACGUGACUGCAUCGUCAUUUGUUCUUCCCAGCUCAGAGAACAAUGGUCAAAGUCAACAGUGGACUGGUUUUAAAACUAUUAUCCACAGGACUACUCAUUUUCCAUCUACAAAUAAAGGAAAUGGAAAAGCAAAUUUGGAUGAUAUUUUACAAGAAGCUGAAACUGAUGCCAAGCUGUCCAGUGCAAUAAAGGAAAGCCAGACAAUGGGUCCUGGCAAAGAGAGUGAGUUGCACAUAAAGAGCACAUCAACACAACUAUCCAGCAGUGCAAAAGGAACUGUCGAUAGCAUUAAUUGCAUUCCACUUAAUGGGCCAGUUCUUGGCAGUCUGCCAGAGAAAACAGUAGUUUUUCUUCCUUCCGUCCAUGCAUCAGGAUUCAAGACUGCUUCUAAUAAGGGCAUACACAUUUCCUCAGCCAACCUGGAGAGAGCCAAGCUUCUUUUUGAAGAGACUAAAGAGGAAAGAACUUUUAGUGAUCAGCUCAUAAAAUCUACCCAUGACAAUAAAGCUGAAAUUAGCAGUCCUGGAUCAGUGAAAAAUACAACCUCUAACUCAAACCAGCCACCUACUUCAAGUGAAAAAUGUGUGGAUAUCAGUUGCCAGUUAACAGCUUCACAAAAAGCUGAUGUGACUGAGCUGUGCACUCUCAUGGAAGAAGCAGAUAGCCAGUUUGAAUUUACACCGUUCAAAACUGCAAAGCUGAAACAACAUUGUCAAGAUAAUACCACCUCUCCCACAAAAGUUGACAAAGAACUUGACCCUGAUUUUCUAAUGGGUAUAGAUUUUGAUGACAGUUUUAGUUCAGAUGCUGAAAAGCACCUGGCACUAACUGCGAUGCAUGACAAAAUGACCUUAGUUUCAGAUGGUAAAACUAAUCGUGAAACAUCCAUCACAAGUAAAUCCACAGGUUUUCCAUUGUCGGGUGCAAUGAAAAAAGAAAAUUUCUCUACUGAAGAUGUGUCUUCCUCUUCAAAGCACAUCUCUGAAGGCAGCAGUAUUAUGUCAGCUGAACACAAAAGUUGUGACAAAGCUGGACCCACUGAAACAAGCAAGUUGGAGAACAAAAAUCCUUUGAUGCUUGGUGUGGGAUUUAAGACAGCAGGAGGAAAUGUUUUGAGAAUUUCGAAAAAGUGUCUGAGCAAAGCUAGAGCUUUGUUUGCAGAUUUAGAGGAGAAUCUUGUGACAAGUGAAAAAUCACCCGACAAGCAAAGUAGUGAAAGUGACGCUAAAACACAGCAUAAGCCCAGUGUGGAUAAUCACACUGGUAACUUGUUGCAUCAUAAAGAGGAUAAUUCACAGUUCACCAGUUAUGGUGAUGAUACUGGAGGGAGGAUCCAGGGCUGUUUUUCAAACAUGAAGGAGUCUGUCUGUUCAGUCAGACAGGUCACAGGCAUUAGAGAUGAAGAUGCUACAAAAUGUUUUAAAAACAGCACAAUGGAAACAACCACGUGUCAAAGUGGGUUCCAGAUGGCCAAUGGGAAAGGGAUUUCUAUUUCAGCAAAAUCUAUGCAAGAGGCAGAUGCUUUCUUCAAAGACUGUGACGUUAAGGACAGUAAUGCUGGUAUGUCAGUAAACCAUAAAAAGAGCAUAGAACCCUUGCCUGGAAGUGUCAGUCACAAGAAAAACCUUCUGAAAUUUAAAAAUGUUCAACGGACGAAAGUAAACUUUUCUGAAGAACCAUCCAAUGAGUUUGAAAAUGUGAAUGAUGGACCAGCUGCAUGCCAUACAGAGGUUGUACAAAAUAAUGUGGAGAUUCACAAUUUUGGUUUUAAGAAUACAUCGGCUUUAACGAAUGCUACUUCUUUCCAUGAAAACCCAUUUUCUAUUGCAAAGGCACUCUCAUCUCCCUCAUGCACAACAUCAAAGAAUAUUGGCUCCUCUGCCAUCAAUGAAAUGGCCAAUGGUGGCGGAUUCUGUACAGCCAGUGGAAAGAAAGUAUCCAUGUCAGCUGAUGCGAUGAAAAAAGCAGAGUGUCUUUUGAAUGAAUUCCAUACACUUGAGGACACAAACAAACAGCUGAAGAAAAAAGGAGAUGCUUUAAGAACAGGUCAUCUCACCAAUCAAAUUCAGGUUUCACCAUCUAAAAAUGAUGGCUUUCAGACAGCCAGUGGCAAAGGAGUUGCUAUUUCAUCUGCAGCUCUCAAGAAAGCAAAACUGUUGUUGAGUGAAUGUGAUGAGGAUGAAAUCGGUGUAAGACCAACACAUUCCAAGAUUCCAGUUCAUGGUCCACCGCCCAGGAAUAGUGGAUUUCUUGCAGCCAGUGGUAAGCCAGUGGCACUUUCAGCUGAGGCCCUCCAGAUGACUAAAGCUCUCUUCAGUGACAUCAGUUUCAGUGUAGAGAUCCCACCUGUUUCAGACACAAGCAACAUUGACAAGAAACAAGACGAUGCUGAAAAUACAGAGAGAAUGCAUUGUGGUUUCUCAACUGCAGGGGGAACAAAAGUCCAUGUGUCAGAGAAAAAUCUGUUGAAAGCAAAAUACAUUUUGAAAGAGUUUGAUGAAGGGUCUAUUUCAGCAAAAGCAAUGCAAGAAGCAGAUGUUUUCUUCAAGGACUGUGACAUUAUGGAUGGUAAUGAUGGCAUGUUAGUAAAACAUGAGAAAAGUAUAGCACAUGUGAGUGAAAGUGGCAGCGAGAAGAAAAACCUUUCAAAAUCUAAACAAGAUCAAAGGGUGACAAACAUUUCUGAAGAGCCUGGAAGUGGACGCACCGAGUUUGAAAAUGUGACUGUGGGAACAAUUGUAAACCAUGAAAAGAUGCUGCAUCGUGAUGAUGUGGAGAUUCAUAAAGAUGUUUUUAAGAACACACUGGGUUCUACCAAAGCAGUUUCUUUACAUGGAAACCCAUCUUUGAUGGCAAAGCCACUUUCUUCCCUGUUGUGCACAUCAAAAAACAUUGGUUCCUCUGCCAUUAACGAAUUGAGCAACGGUGGUGGAUUCUGUACAGCCAGCGGGAAAAAAGUAUCUGUAUCAGAAGACGCAAUGACAAAAGCAAAGUCUCUAUUGAAUGAAAGUGCUACAUUUGAGGAAACAAACAAACAACUGAAACAAAAUGAAGACACUUUGCCACCACAGAAUGGUGGAUUUCAGACAGCCAGUAGCAAAGGAGUUGCUAUUUCAUCUGCAGCUUUAAUGAAAACAGAAAUUUUGAGUGAAUGUGAAGGAGUUGAAGAUAAAACACAUUCUAAGAUUUCAGUUCAUGGUCCACCACCCAGGAAUAGUGGAUUUCUUGCAGCAGGUGGUAAACCAGUAGCAUUUUCAACUGAGGCCCUCCAGAAGGCUAAAGCUCUCUUCAGUGACAUCAGUUUCAGCGCAGAGAUCCCACCUGUUUCUCACACAUGGAACAAUGACAAGAAACACAAAGAUGCUCGAAACGAUACAGAAAAAAUACAUUGUGGUUUCACAACUGCAGGGGGAGCGAAAGUCCAUGUGUCACAGAAAAAUCUCUUUAAAGCAAAGAACCUGCUGAAAGAAUUUGCUGAUGAAUGUCAUGAUUCAAAUUCAUACUCGACAAGGCCACGUGACACAGAGAAGACAGAUCUAUCAAAAUUGAAAAAUGUGAAAAGAACGUCAAAUUAUAAUCUCACCUCAGCCAGUGACAAAGACAUGCCUACUAAGGAAAUUGUCCCUCAUGUAGUUAAACCUUUAACCUCUUUGCAAGAGACUGACCAUGAAAAUAAAACUCUUCAAAGUUCAAGUGCACGUGGUUGCAUUUUUAGCAAAGACAAAGCACCUACAGAUGCAUUUAAGUUUAAAGAAGUCAAAAUUACCCCAUUAAGGGUGGGCAACCUCCAUGACAGCCCUGGAGAGGAAAUGUCAAGUGUGUUGGACUAUGAAAUAAAUCGGAUAAGCAGCAGUGAGGGAUCUAAGGUCAACGGGACAGAAGAGUCUUCAGUUCUUAAUUUUCAGUUGCUUAACCUUAGAGGCUGCACUGAAACCCAGCAAAAGUUUCUUGCCCAGGAAGCUCUGGACUGCACUAAAGCUUUGUUAGAGGAUGAAAGUCUAGCUGGCCAAAGUCUCUCAAUGACUUCAGAAAAUGUAUCACUGCAAGAUUACCCCAAAUCCAGCAACAGAUCUUUAGAGGAACAAAAAAGAACAGGGAAAAGACUGGUAAAAGACACAGACAUGACUGGUCAGCCUCCUCUGAAAAGACGAUUACUGGAAGAAUUCGACAGGACUGUUGAUGGUCCAAGAGAUUCAACACUCCAUCCUGAAAAAAGCAGUCCAAAUGGUGUGAUGAAAGACAGGAGAGUUUUCAAGUACAGCGUCGCUCUUCAUCCAAACAUCACAAGGCCACACAGGAGUGGAAAAAACUAUGUGGAAACCACAUUGCAAAAGACCACCCCAAUACAAUCCUCAACCCCAAACAGCAGAUCAACACAUUCCAAGAUGCCAGCUUUUGUUCCGCCAUUGUUCAAGAAUGCAAAGACAGAGAGUCGCAAGAACACAGUGCUCAAGGACAACAUAAGAACACCUUCUGCAUUUGUUCCUCCAUUCAAAAAACAAAGAACUAUUGUCCAAGAGAACUUCUCUAAACCACGGGAGGAGGAGGAGGAAGCUACACACCACCAUCUCUUAAUAACACCCUUUAACAGCAACACUUAUGUACCACCCACUAAAAAAACACAAAGCACUAAAGAUGUAUCUGGUAUUAAAAGCAAAUACAUUCAGAGUGUGGCCUUGACUGACACUACAAAUGAUAAUCUGAUGAAUAAUCAAAACCUGCCUGUUGGCUGUGGAUCAGAGGACUCUGCUGCAGAGGCAUCACGUGUGGACGACCCAUUGUCUAGAAGCCAAGACAUGUUCCAGGAUCUUCAUAGCUUAGAGCUGGCACGAGAUAUGCAAGACAUGAGGAUCAGGAAAAAGAAGCGCCAGACCAUUCGACCUUUGCCGGGCAGUUUGUUUCUAACGAAAACCUCAGGAGUGUUGAGGAUAUCAUUAAAAACUGCAGUAAAUGGACAGCCUCCUGCAAGAUACACCCCAAAACAGCUGUAUGGACAUGGAGUUCACCAGCAUGUGUAUGAGAUCACCAGUGAGAAUGCAGAAUCAUUUCGCUUCAGUUUACAGCAGUUUAUCAAACAGGAAGCAUUUAUAGACGGAGGUGGUAUUCAGCUUGCUGAUGGAGGAUGGCUGAUCCCCAGCAAUGAUGAGACUGCAGGAAAAGAAGAGUUCUAUAGAGCGUUAUGUGACACCCCAGGUGUGGAUCCUAAACUGAUCAGUGAGGAGUGGGUGUACAAUCACUACCGAUGGAUUGUGUGGAAGCAGGCCUCCAUGGAAAGAUCAUUUCCACAAACGAUGGGCAGCCUCUGCCUCACCCCAGAGCAGGUUCUCCUGCAACUGAAGUACAGAUAUGAUAUAGAGGUGGACCACAGCCGCAGGCCGGCUCUGAGAAAGAUCAUGGAAAGGGACGACACUCCAGCCAAGACCCUGGUCCUCUGUGUUUGUGGGGUCGUCUCCAUGGGUCACUCCCCAAAAAGACAGAGUUUCAGUGACACCAAGACUCCCCAAGGUGCUGAUGGCAAGGUUGAAAACCCAUCUGCAGUUAUUUGGCUAACAGAUGGAUGGUACGCCAUUAAAGCCCAGCUGGAUGAACCUUUGACUGCCAUGCUUCACAAAGGUCGACUGGCUGUCGGUGGGAAGUUGAUCGUCCAUGGGGCUCAGCUGAUGGGAUCACAAGAUGCUUGCUCCCCUCUUGAGGCACCUGAAUCUCUCAUGUUAAAGAUUUGCGCCAAUAGCAGCAGACCCACACGAUGGGAUGCUAAAAUGGGAUUUCACAGGGAUCCACGGCCAUUCCUGCUUCCUGUCUCCUGUUUAUACAGCAAUGGAGGACCAGUAGGAUGUGUGGACAUUAUUAUACUGAGAAGCUACCCCAUACAGUGGAUGGAGAGGAAACCAGAUGGCGGCGUUGUGUUCCGUUCUGUUCGCGCAGAAGAGAGGGAGGCGAGACGAUACAACAGCCACAAACAAAAAGCUAUGGAGAUCCUAUUUGCCAAGAUUCAAGCUGAAUUUGAAAAGGAGGAGAAAGGUAAUAAACCUCAACGUAGAAGACAGACAGUCAGUCGUCAGGAUAUUGCAAGUCUGCAAGAUGGAGAGGAGCUCUUUCAAGCAGUGGGGGAUGACCCAUCUUACCUCGAGGCUCAUUUGAGUGAACAGCAGUUGGAGACUCUACAUGCCUACAGGCAUUCUCUGAUGGAGAAGAAGCAGGCUGAAUUGCAGGAUCGGUACAGACGAGCUUUAGAAAAUGCAGAGAACAGCGAAGGUGGCUGUCUCAAGCGAGAUGUUACACCUGUGUGGAGACUCUGCUUUGCUGACUCCUUGGGCCAACCCGGCAGUGUGUACCAGUUGAACCUUUGGCGACCUUCCUCAGAUCUUCAGUCUUUACUGAAGGAAGGCUGUCGAUACAAAGUCUAUAACCUCACCGCUUCGGAUGGAAAGAAACAUGGUGGAAGCACAACUGUUCAGCUGACUGGGACAAAGAAAACACAGUUUCAGGACCUGCAGGCUUCUCAGGAAUGGUUAUUAACAUGUUUUCACCCGAGGGUCUCUAGCCCUUUUGUGGAUCUUCAAAAUCCAGAAUUCCAGCCACUGUGUGGAGAGGUUGAUCUCACAGGAUAUGUCAUCAGUAUCAUAGAUGGACAUGGUUCCUCUCCUGGAUUUUAUUUGACCGAUGGGAAACUGAACUUUGUUAAAGUGCGCUGUUUCAGCAGCUUGGCUCAGUCGGGCUUGGAAGAUGUGGUAAAACCGCUUGUCCUCUUGGCUCUGAGCAACCUGCAGCUGAGAGGUCAGUCCACAUCUCCCACUCCUGUUGUGUACGCUGGAGAUCUGACUGUCUUCUCAACAAACCCCAAGGAAGUUCAUCUACAGGAAUCUCUCCGCCAACUCAGAAACCUGGUCCAGGGUCAGGAGAACUUCUUUCUUACUGCUGAAGAGAAGCUUUCACAUUUAGUCAAAUCUGAUGGGCUGAGCUCCAUCUCCUCUCCAGCUCUGCAAACAAGAACCCCAGCUUCUACAACGGACAGAAGACAAGACACAAGGACAAGUGUGACAUUUCAGCAGCCAGUCAGAAGCUUUGGGUCCUUCACACCUGUCGGCAGGAACCCUCCUGCAGCAAACGGUUCAACAGAGAAAGACCCUAGCAGCCUGAAGAGGAGGAGAGCUCUGGACUAUUUGUCUCGUAUCCCAUCUCCACCACCUCUCUCCCAACUGGGCUCAGUCGCUUCUCCAUGUGUAAAUAAGACAUUCAAUCCCCCUCGGAGGUCUGGGACACCUAGCACUUUAAAAACUGUACAGACUCCAGCUCGCAAACCUGUCGAUUCACCGAUGGAGGACGAAUGGGUGAAUGACGAGGAACUGGCUAUGAUUGAUACUCAGGCAUUGCUUGUUGGUGAUUUACUGUAGGCACAUACGACUGUAUGAUGAUAAGCACGCUACAACUUUUAAAAAAGUGUACAAAUGAGUGAAUGUAAAGGCUGCGUAUGGCACAUCUCGGGGUUUUUUUGUAGUCUCACUGGACUCAUUAAAGAGGUGAAAUCACUUCA